CUUUGCUUUGGCCUGUGCUCUCCCCUUCCCUCUCUCUCUCUCUCUCUGUGUACCUCUUCCUUAAUAAACAAGGAAGAGUCCGAGCAAAAAGAGGGAGAGAGGGAGCGGGAUUUUCCUAUUCGCGCCUUCUUUCACUCUCCCUUUCUUCCCCAAUGCAUCCAUUGGAGAUGAAGCAGUAGAAGACGACGUUUGAGAGAGAGAGAGAGAGAGAGAGAGAGAGAGGGAGGAACAAAGGAAGACGAUGAGAGGCAGACAGAAGGCGGGGGGAGUGAGCAAGCCGAGGCAGCAGCAGCAGCAGCCGCAGCAGGGUCCCUCCCUUUCUCCCUCCGAUGGCGAUUUCCUUCUCCAACUGCUUCGCAAGAACGACCGCUCCGCCUCCUCCUCCGACCACCCUCCUUCUCCCCCUUCGUUGCCUUUUCCUCUUGAGUUCGUUGAUCCCGCCGUCGCUGCUCUCGGGCCGAGCCAUCCUUUAGCUCCGACCUUCCCCCACCACGACCAUUUCCAGCAGAAGGCCUUUCUUCCCCACCAAUUCCUCUAUAGGCCUCCCCCCGUGUCCUCGGCAACCGAGUCCAGGGGUUAUGGGGUUGAGAGAGGCGCUGUCAAUGGCGGGCCACGGUUCGCCGGAGAGGCGCUAGGGCGCGAGUUCGGCGAUGUUCCGACGGGCCCGGAUUGGAACGGUGGGCGGCCGCUGAGGUUUGGGACCAUAGGCUGCGAAGUCGACCAUCAGGGCCCUGUGGAGUUUGGCGGAGCGCAUCGGGGUCAUUCUGGUUCUGCUGCUGAACGCGGCGAUGGCUUCAUAGACGAUGCCGUUUUGGGGGAAAUUGAGUAUGGCGGAGGGUUUGGUGGGCAUGGUGGCGCUGGUGUGGCUAAUCGAGGGCUUCAUCGGAAAGGAAUGGCGAACUUAGGUGGUGGUGGUGGGAAAGGGGAUUUCAAGUAUAGUAACACGAAUUCCGAUGGGGGAAUGGCCGGUUCCGGACGGCGGGUUGCGAAGAAUGACAGGGGAGAGUGGGAGAGGUCUAAGGAGAGGAAGGAAGUCAAUGGGUUGCUCGAGAUGAACUUUUUUCGAUCCGCGCAGACGAAUGCUGUUUCGAGCGUGCAGAACCGAAAUGCGGUUACACAUCAUGUUGAGCACCAGAGCAAGAAAUUGGGAUCUACUUCAUGGAGAAAUCAUACUGGCUCUCUGGAAGAAGUCAAUCAGAAUAUGGUGGAAAAAGAACAGUCGGGUUUGAGCGCGCGAACCGUUGCUGUUGCCAGCAGGAAGUAUAAGGCCGGGGAAUCCAGGACAAGUAAUGCAGCAAAGACAGUUGAACGAGUGAAUGGUGCUGCUGAUCCUGAUAAAAUUGAUGAUGCAAUAAGGUCCGCUGUGCAGGGUGGUCAGGUUCCUGGAAAUCAUUCAAGUAACCGUCCUGAUGGUUAUGGUGGUAAGGGGAAACUACAAGAACCUACAAAGCGGAUUCUAAAAUGGAAGCGAGAGCUAGUAUAUAGAAGUGACUUGGAAAUCUUUACCCCUUCCUUUCUAUCAAUAUUUGAAUCUCUAAUACCCGCUGAUGAAGAGAAGGCUAAGCAAAAGCAGCUGUUACGAAUGCUGGAAAAACUGGUGACCAAAGAAUGGCCUAAAGCACAGCUACACCUUUAUGGUUCCUGUGCGAAUUCAUUUGGUUUCUCCAAGAGUGAUAUUGAUGUAUGCCUCUCUAUUGAUGAAGAUGAAUCGAGCAAGCUGGACAUCUUGCUGAGAUUAGUGGAUAUUUUGCUGGCUGGUAACCUUGAAAAUGUUCAGGCUUUAACUCGUGCACGUGUUCCUAUUGUGAAGCUUAUGGACCCUGUUACAGAAAUUUCCUGUGACAUCUGUGUAAACAAUUCUCUAGCUAUUGUUAAUACAAAGCUUCUUCAUGAUUAUGCACAAAUAGAUGUCAGACUACGGCAAUUGGCUUUUAUAGUCAAACAUUGGGCCAAGGCUCGCCAAGUUAAUGAAACCUAUCGAGGCACCCUCUCCAGUUAUGCAUAUGUUCUUAUGUGCAUACACUUUUUGCAAGGCCGGACACCUGCUAUUCUUCCUUGUUUGCAGAAAAUGACGCCAACCUUUAUGGUAACCAUUGAUGACAUUCAAUGUGCAUACUAUGAUAGAGUCGAGGAGCUGCAGGAUUUUGGGUCACAGAAUAAGGAGACAAUUAGUCGUCUGUUGCAUGAAUUCUUUCAUUAUUGGGCAUAUAUCCAUGAUUAUGCACAUUCAGUAAUAUCUGUUCGGACAGGUGGCAUUUUAAGUAAGAACGAGAAGGACUGGACAAGAAGAAUUGGAAAUGACCGGCAUUUAAUAUGCAUUGAGGAUCCUUUUGAGGUAUCUCAUGAUCUCGGUAGAGUUGUUGAUAAGUACAGCAUUAAAAUUCUGAGGGAUGAAUUUCAAAGAGCUGCAGAUGUAUUGUCUUUUGAUCGGAAUCCUAGCGUCACUCUUUUUGAACCAUUUUCUCCCAGUUGAUUUUUUGUUUUGUAUAAUUGCCUGGUAAGUUACAGGACUUUAUUAGUGCAUAGUGCAUGACGAUCAGGCGACCCUGUAAAUUUCUAUUUGGUUCAAGUAAUCUGUAAAUAGUGGAUGGACAUGGUCUAAGUCCGCGUGAUUUUGUUUCAAGAGAUUAGUGCUUCUACAAUAUGAAAUCUAUGAAAUGCAAGUUUCAUAAA